CAUCGCCGUCUCGUGCCAUGAGUUUUUGUAUCUUGUUUGUGAGCGAAAGGAAACAUAGCGCACAUAAAUGCAAGUUCCUUCGCCCGGGGAAUUUUCCAGCGGUUUGCUUAUGAACGGCGUUGUGAUACACAUGCUCAUUUACUGAAUUCAUUAUCAUUCCGAUUCUAUGUCUUUAGGCUUGGCAGUGUCACGGAACAUGAUAUCAUUCGAAAACGGAAGACGGUCAUGAGACGAUCCUGCCUCAAAGUGGGGUACGGCUCUUUCUCUGGCAGGAUUCCCGAGAUGUGCCCCCUGCUGAUUCAUGGCAUCUCUGCGCACAAGCCAACCCAAUAUGGUUCAGACUUGACCGCGUAAAAGAUGCUCAGUUUCUUUUGGGCCUUUGCUUUGUGAAGUUUUGUGACGCGCAAUUACGCAUUCCCCAGGCACCGAGUGUGAAGUUCGCCACUUAUCGAGAGAGGCAGUCCAACAAGAUUCUGAAAGACUAGAUACGAAAAGACCUCUUUCGUCUUAGGCCAUCUAAGAUGGCCAGCAGCAGAGAUGCCGAGAGAUCAACGGAAAAGGAUUCUGGUUUGUUGACACCUCCUCCCACACCGACAAGCCCAUGUGGUUUCCAGUUCCCCGGAAUGGGCGGCUUGGAUCGUGGGUCGUCGGCCUUUACCCCUUGGGUUCCGCGGGGCCCUUCCCUCCUGCCCAUGUUGCCGCCCUUCCCGAUCCUGCCCGCCGUCGCCUCCGUCGCUGCCGCUGCUGCUGCCGCUGCUGCUGCUGCUGCCGCCAGUGCUAAGCGGCCUCUCCCUUCAGGUAUGGAUCCCCGAUUGGUGGGGAUGUUACAAAACGGGUCCCUAGGGCAGCUGCCGUGGGCGGCAGCAGCAGCCCUAGGCGCCAGUGAUCUCGCCCUCAACCGCCUCCUCUUGACGCCCGGAGGCCGACUGAGCCGCCCCAAGAAACGAUACAUCUGCAAAUAUUGCCAGCGAGAGUUCACGAAGAGUUACAACCUGCUGAUCCACGAGAGGACCCACACGGACGAGAGGCCCUUCCCCUGCGACAUCUGCGGCAAGGCCUUCAGGAGGCAGGACCACCUGAGGGACCACAAGUACAUCCACAGCAAGGAGAAGCCCUUCAAGUGCGGCGUCUGUAACAAGGGCUUCUGUCAAGCCAGGACUCUGGCCGUGCAUAAGGCCCAGCACGCCCACGAAUCAUCUAAUCAGUCUCCAACACCCCCGCCCACUCUAGUCCCUACGCCGCCCAUCAUCCCGCCGUUGCCCACGAGAACUUCGACGGACGACCUCCGGCGCUCUGCUUCCCUGUCUUCUCUCUCGUCCUUCUUCAGGACGUCGCCUCUAACGAACAGUUUGUUGAACACGCCGUCCCUCCCGAAGGACGUUACCCUCAUCCCGCUGUAUAAUAAUUACUCCUUCAAAAAAGAGACCGUGGGCCUCGAGUCCCGGAAACACCCGCUCGAUUGUCAAGUCUACCCAGCCGCCAAAAAAGCUUUGCUCCUGACGGAGGAGGACUCGGGGAAGAAAAGAAAAGGUUUCUCAAUUGAAGAUAUCAUGAAGUGAUAUGUGAUUUGUUAGGUAAUUUUUUUUUUUAAAUGUCUUCUAUAUCCCACCGUCGUCAAUUCCAGAUUUAUGUACAAGGUUUC